AUGGUGGACGUGGACCGGAGGAUGACCGGUCUAAACCCGGCCCAUAUAGCCGGUCUACGCCGUUUAUCGGCUCGAGCCGCAGCUGCUUCGUCUGUUCCGGUCCGAAACGGCGUUGUUUCAUUCGCUUCUUUGGCAGAUAAGGUCAUAAACCACCUUCGCGACUCAGGCAUACACGUGCAGCAUGGUCUCUCCGACGCGGAGUUCGCACGUGCCGAAGCCGAGUUCGGGUUCGUCUUUCCGCCGGACCUCCGCGCUGUACUUGCAGCGGGGCUUCCCGUUGGUCCGGGAUUCCCGGACUGGCGCUCCGGCGGUGCGCGGCUGCAUCUGCGCGCGUCGCUGGACCUUCCGAUCGCGGCGAUUUCGUUCCAGAUCGCGAGGAACGCGGUGUGGUCGAAGUCGUGGGGGCCUAGACCGUGCGAACCGGAGAAGGCACUGCGAGUGGCGCGGAACGCGCUGAAGAGAGCGCCGCUUUUGAUCCCUAUCUUCAACCAUUGCUACAUUCCUUCUAAUCCCUCUCUUGCCGGAAACCCUAUCUUCUUCGUCGAUGAGAACAGAAUCUUCUGCUGCGGCUUGGAUCUCUCCGAUUUCUUCGACCGCGAGUCGCUCUUCCGGAGCUUCGAAGCGGAUCCUAUACUUCUCAAGAAGCAGCGAUCCGUCAGCGAGAAAUCCACCGGCGUGUCUGUUUCCGCUGCGUUCUCGCGGCGGAGCCUCGACGCUGGCGGGAGGACGCCGCGAUGGGUGGAAUUCUGGACCGACGCCGCCAUGGAUAAGAGGAGGAGGAACUCUUCUUCGUCUUCUUCGUCGUUAUCGGCGUCCUCGUCGCCGGAGAGGUUUUUCGAGAUGCCGCGGAGUAAAGUCCCAGGUUGGGUGGAAGAAUACAUGGGACAAAUCGGGUCGGUUUUGAAAGCGGGUGGAUGGAGCGAAUCGGAUAUAAACGAAAUGGUAGAGGUUUCGGCUUCUGGAUUCUUUGAGGGAGAGAUGGUGGUCUUGGAUAAUCAAGCGCUGUUGGAUGCCCUGCUAUUGAAAGCCGAUAGGUUUUCUGACUCGCUCCGAAAAGCUGGGUGGAGCUCCGAAGAGGUUUCAGAAGCUUUGGGGUUUGAUUUUCGACCCGAGAAGGAACGGAAACCGGCUAAGAAGUUGUCACCUCAACUGGUGGAGAGAAUCGAGAAACUGGCUCAGUCGGUUUCCCGGUCAAGACACGAUACUAGGGGGAAGGAAACUGGAUGA